GUGGGCACUGCACUGCACUGAAUGGAACCUUAGCGAGAAGGCGAGAAAGCGGGGCAGGCGCAACAGAGUCUUCAUGCCCUCUGCCCUCUGCCCUCAGCCCUCGUCCCCAUAAACCCCGCUUUCGUCUCUCCCUCACUCGCACCUCCUCCCUCUCACCUUUUCUAUCUCAUCCACCCCACCUGCACCAUCCUUCUUCAUCUCUCAACUUCCCAACUUUCGCGAUCUUUCUCCAGAUCGUCUCAAUUCCAUCCGUUCGCACUGUCAUUUCAGUCGUUCGACCCUCAGUUCACGCAAUCGUCAACACCACAGCAACCCAAUUCUCGCCACUACCCCACACCCACAUUUUUCAACUGUCAUAAAGAGUUCGUCAGAUUCCUUGCUUGCGCUGACCUUGUUCCAUCGAUAUCUUACACGAUAUCCCCCACAUUCACUCUUCCAUUCCUGUCCGCUCAGCGGAGUCCUGUUCUGCCUCGAUGUAUCUUUCUUUGUGUGUUCCGCAAUCCGUCCGUUUCAGUCGUCGAUACCAACAACCCGAUGGCGCGCUCUUUUAUGUGUGAUAGCGCGUGGAAAUUGAGACUUUAAGCCAGGUUCUUCUUCAAAAACAUCACUCAACAUGUCUAAACUUUUCAUCGGGUAAGUCAAAUUUCUCCACACUCCAAGUUCGGAAAGCAAUGGCUAACCAUCAUUCAGUGGCCUCGCAUGGCACACAGAUGAGAACGCUCUCCGUCAAAAGUUCGAGGAGUUCGGAGCUGUCGAGGAGGCAGUACGUUCAUCCCAUUCUUCAUUUCCAAUCAUCAAUUGCUCACCACUGUGUUUCCAGGUCGUUGUCAAGGACCGUGAUACCGGCCGUAGCCGUGGAUUCGGUUUCGUCCGUUAUGGUCAAGAGGCUGAUGCCGAGGCUGCCAUCAACGCCAUGAACAACAUCGAGUAAGUUUUUCACAUUGAACUUGGUCACAAUCAAUUGCUAACCCUAUUAGGUUCGAUGGUCGCACCAUUCGUGUUGACAAGGCCAGCGAGCGCGGCUCUGGAGGCGGCGGUGGUGGUUUCUCCCGUGGAGGUGGAGGAGGAGGAUACCAACGUGGAGGAUACGGUGGUGGAGGUGGCUAUGGUGACCGUUCAGGCGGUGGUGGCGGUUACGGAGGUGGUCAAGGUGGUGGAUAUGGGGGUGGCCAAGGUGGCUACGGAGGUGGUGGAGGUGAGCCAAUUCUGACUUGAUCCCCAAAUAUCGCUUCAAUCAAAUGCUGACCAUCAGAUAAAGGAUACUCGGGUGGCCAAGGUGGUGGUUACGGGGGCGGCGAGCAACAGCAAGGCGGUGGUCGAUGGCAGUAAAUGUCCGUGGACGUGAUCUUCUCUCCGACCUCGCGCGUUCGUACGACUUGAUGGCAAGAAAAGUUAAGCUUUAGGGUGUUGGCAGCAGUGACAGGUUCAAUGUGUGUGGACCUUUGAUUAUCAUCCACCUUCUGGUUGAUAGUAAGGGGUCAGCCUCGUGGUCUCUAAAUGCGGUUCGUCCUUGCUUUACUCUGGAGUUGGGGGGGUUUAUUACCUUUGUAUUGGGAUGGUCACAACUUCACACAUGGUCUUUCAGAUAUCCGAAUUGUUUUUUCUCUCGACCUAGGAUCACUUUUCUGAUCUAGGUAUCUUUUUUCCAUACAGACUCCUCUGUUUGGCGGCUCGCUCUAGUCUAGGGAAUAGGCAUAAUGAUCCUUUAGGGAAAUCGAAUGAAAUCACUCAGAAAAUA